UCAGUGCCAGCUCUGGACACCUCUGAGGCAGCAGCAGUGGCAGCAGCAGCAGCAGCAUGUUGCAAGCACUGGGGGUCAUGGUCCUCACCCGCUGCCUCCCCCUCUUUCUGGUGGCCCUGCAAGCCCAGGAUGCCCAGUCUGCUCCAAUGCAAGGGCAGGGAGCAGUGAAGGAUUCCCAGAAGAUACCUGUAGUUCCAAAGGAACUCCUAAGAGCCUUGGAGAAAGCUGCAUCUGAGAUGGAGCCUGAGACUGUGCAAAAGGAGACCUUCCAGAUGGGAGGAAGUGACAGAGUGCCAUUCUCAGGGGAAGAAAUACAGGCAAUGCCAGACACCAGCACAUCAGAUGUGGCCAAAAGAAGGCCUCUUCCAGCUCCUGAGCCAGAUUCCAUGUUGAUUCCAAGCUGGUAUCUCAAGAGGAAGAAUUCCCACGAGUUCCCUGAAGAAUUCUCUGAAGCACACCCCGAAAUUCCAGAGGAGGUCCAGACAGACUUGGAAGAAGCUCCAUCUGGGUCAGCUACUUUGGAAAAAGUUGAGACUGCUGGUCACUGGGAGCCAGGCAAGAACUAUAUCCUUGGAACUGCAGCAGCCUUCAGUGUGCUCCUGCUUGGGAUAGCGCUCUGUUGUAUAGUCAUGUCACGGCUAAGGAGGAAAGACACAGAUAAAAGCAAAGCAGAGUCAGGAGAAGGAGCAGGAAGAGGCGAGGGAGACCAAGCAAACACCAAGUUCAACAACAGCUGCCGCCUGUCACCAGGGAUCUUUGCGGCAGAGCUCGCCCAGCUAUACAGGAACAUGGGCACAGACCCCGCACCUCUGCCUGCUUGUCCCAGCUGCUCUCUGGCUGAUGGGGCCUCAUCACGGGAGAACUGGGUUUCCCUGGACUCACUCCAGCCCACACCGUCCUGGUGUCCCUGCUACCAGUACCAGCAGGGGUACUUUACUUCAGAAGAUGAUGACUCUUUAAUGGAUAAUAAAUAAAUAAAUAAAUAUAUUGUUAAGACCAGCAAA